AAUACAUGGAAUCCAGCGGUUUGAUUUCGAGUAUCUUUUCUGCACUUCAAUGAUUCACGUUGGUAUUCUUUGGAAGUCAAAGAAAAAUGAAGAUACCCACUAUUCAUUCUCUGGCUGUGUCUCACUUACUAAAGUGUGUUGAGCCAUGGAUAUAAAAAUCGACCGUCUGCCAUUACACUCAUCAAUCAUACACUUCAACAUGACUUCCAAAGUUUCCAUUUCCGUUGUGGUAGUAUCAUGGGUCCUUUGUGUCUUCAUGCAUUCCACAAAUAUGUUUGCUGUAGCUGUCUCUGUGGCAGCAUCUGAAUCAUCAACGCUACAACUAGAGGCGAAGGCACUGCGGGAGAGUGGGUGGUGGAGUGGUCACUUCAACUAUACCUCCUUAAAUUAUUGCAAUUGGGAUGAAAUAGAAUGCAAUGCUGGUAGAAGCGUCAUAGGGAUUUUCAUGGGCGGGGUCUAUCUUGGGGAGAAGGUCAGGAAAUUCAAUUUCUCUUCCUUCCCAAAUUUAGUCCGUCUUGGUCUUCGGAAUACUGGACUUCGAGGGAGCAUCCCUAAACAGAUAGGUACUCUUUCAAAACUCACCUACCUAUCUCUUGCCAGUAAUAAUCUUACAGGUCACUUCCCUCUUUUUCUCACGAACCUCACUCAAUUAAAAUAUUUGCUUAUUUCCCAAAAUCUAAUCAGUGGGCCCAUUCCCGAAGAAUUGGGAGAUUUAAAAAAUCUUCAGGCAAUAGAUCUGAGAUAUAACAAACUCACAGGAUCAAUUCCUUCAGCUCUGGGCCAUUUAACCAAUCUCAUGGGUUUGUAUUUGUCUUCUAAUAAUAAUAUCACUGGUUCCAUCCCCGACAAGUUGGGAGAUUUAAAAAAUCUUCAACUAUUAGAUCUGGGUUUUAACAAACUCACAGGAUCAAUUCCUUCAACUCUGGGCCAUUUAACCAAUCUCAUGGGUUUGUAUUUGUCUUCUAAUAAUAUCACUGGUUCCAUCCCCGACAAGUUGGGAGAUUUAAAAAAUCUUCAGGACUUAGAUCUGGGUUUUAACAAACUCACAGGAUCAAUUCCUUCAACUCUGGGCCUUUUCACCAAUCUCCAUAGUAUGACAGAUUUGAAUCUUAGUUCAAACCAAUUCAACGGCUCCAUUCCCCCAGAAAUAGGCAACAUGAAGAGUCUUACAGCCUUGGACCUCAGCAAUAACAACAUCGUUGGUGAAAUCCCUUCCACUAUACGUCAUUUAACUAAUUUGUCCUUUUUGUCCCUUAGUUGGAAUCAAAUCAGUGGUUCUAUCCCCAUAGAAUUAGCUAACUGCUCUUCACUAGCCAACUUGUCUUUAAGUCACAAUUACUUAAAUAGAAGCAUUCCCUCUCAAUUGAUCAGUGACCUUAUUUCUUUACGUUUUAUUGACCUCAGCUACAAUAAUCUCACAGGCAACAUUCCCCCUUAUCUUGUUAACUUGGAAUUUAACCUGUCAUACAAUUCUUUGGAGGGUCAAAUCCCAAAAAAUCUCCAAAAUCAUAGUUUCGAUGCAUUUAUCGGCAAUAAGGAUUUAUGUGGUGACUUCAAAGGUUUCUCUCCUUGCCUUUCAUCUUCCAAAAUCAUGAGCAAAAUAAAAAUGUCACUUCCCCUCACAAUUUUCAUUGUGCUUUUACUUCUUUGGUGUUUUUUCUACUCUCGAUGUUGGGUUAUAGGGAAAACACAAUCCAAUCCAAGUAGAACAAAAAAUGGGGACAUGUUCUCAAUAUGGAAUUUUGAUGGAAAAAUUGCAUACGAAGAUAUCAUUGAAGCAACAAAAGACUUUGACAUUAGAUAUUGCAUUGGAACAGGUGGUUAUGGUAGUGUCUACAAAGCACAAUUGCCUAGCGGUAAAGUUGUUGCCCUAAAAAAACUUCAUCGCUUAGAGGCUGAGGACCCAAGUUUUGACAAGAGUUUCAAGAACGAGGUACAAAUGCUAACGGAAAUUCGGCAUCGAAACAUUGUGAAACUUCAUGGCUAUUGCUUGCAUAAACGAUGCAUGUUUUUGGUUUAUCAAUACAUGGAAAGGGGAAGCUUAUUUUGUAUCCUAAGUGACGAUGUUGAAGCAUUGGAAUUAGAUUGGCCUAAGAGGAUGAACAUUAUCAAAAGCAUAGCACAUGCCUUAUCUUACAUGCAUCAUGAAUGCAACCCAGUAAUUAUUCAUCGUGAUAUAUCAAGCAACAAUAUUUUAUUGAACUCUGAGCUAGAGGCUUUUGUCUCCGACUUUGGCACGGCUAGACUUCUUGAUCCUGAUUCCUCCAACCAAACUUUAGUUGUUGGGACCUAUGGUUAUAUUGCCCCUGAACUGGCGUAUACCAUGGUGGUGACUGAAAAAUGUGAUGUUUACAGCUUUGGAAUGGUGGCACUAGAAAUAUUAAUGGGAAAACACCCAGGAGAACUCUUGACUUCAUUAUCAACAUUAUCUUCUCAAAAUUUGAUGUUAAAUGAAAUAUUAGAUCAACGUUUGCCACCACCAAAUCGUUCAAUUGCACAAGAUAUUUUCUUUGCUACUUCUGUAGCCUUUGCAUGCUUACGCACCAAACCAAAGUCCCGACCUACGAUGAAAUGGGUGUCCCAAGAAUGUCUUUCAGGUAAGAAACCAUUAGCCAUCCCCUUGCAUGCAAUUUCGCUAUGGCAGUUAAGGAAUCAAGAAACUUAUAUGAUGGGAGAGAGUGAAACUCAAUCACGUAGUGCAUGUUGUUAGGUUGUGUACCAUAUGGUUUGAUGAACUUAUGAGAAAAGAAAUUGUUGUGUAUGAAUGAUUUCCUUUUUCUUUUUCUUUUUUUUUUCUUUUUGGGUAAGAAAAGAAAAUUCCAUUAGAAUGAUGUAAUUUUGUAAGGUUUAUCUAUUUUCUUUAUGAUUUGUGGCCCGUAUUUUGCAUCAUGAAAUAUAGGUGUCUAAUCAAUGAAGGAACUAUUAGG